GUCUUUAUACACACCGACUUCUUUUGCCGGGCCACUUCUCUUUCCUUACAAUGUGGUGCUAAGAGAAUAUCCUUGAUUGAUUCCUAUAUUGAACGCAAAGCAGGCCCGGCGAUCCCUCGCUUGUCUGAACCUUCUCAACCCACCUCAGUGUAACCGUUGCUGGAGCUUUGAAUCGCAUAAUUUCCGCCCGCCUUCGCGCUCAAUCGCGUUAUUUAGUGUCUGCACCAGAGCGCAGCGCUUUCAUUUAAUCCGUUUCGACAUGUCUCUCUUCGGAGGGCAAACCCAGUCAGGUGGUGGACUGUUUGGGUCCGCUACCGCAAAUAAACCCAGUCCCUUUGGCGGAUUCGGUUCGAGUACGACAGGAACACAGCAGAGCACCGGUGGUGGCUUAUUUGGAUCGCCACAAACCCAACAGAGCUCUACAGGAGGUGGUCUGUUUGGAUCCAAUGCGACAUCGCAGCCGCAGCAACAGCAACAGCAGCAGACUGGUGGCCUUUUUGGGUCCUCGACGACAAACCAGACUCAGUCCCAGACUGGGGGAGGCUUGUUCGGAUCUACAACGCAGCAGAAACCCCAGACUGGUGGUCUCUUUGGCGGUGCUUUAGGCCAGACACAACAACAACAACAACAACAACAGCAGCAGCAGCAGACGACGACCGGCGGUGGAGGAUUGUUUGGGUCAACACUUGGGCAGCAGAAGCCACAGGGGGCCAGCUUGUUUGGAGGAUUGGGACAGCAGCAGCAGCAGCAGCAGCAGCAACAGCCUCAGCAACAAGGAGGAGGGCUAUUCGGAGGCCUGGGAGCUACGACACAACAACAGCAACAACCUCAGCAGCAGAGUUUGUUCGGUGGAUCCGUCCUUGGAGGUCAACAGCAGACCCAAUUGGGACAAACCACAACACAGCAGCCAGGCUCUAGCCUGUGGUCACCCGGCCGCGCUGUUACAGGAGUACAUCGAACUGUACCCAUGCAAAUAGAAAUUGUCAAGAACAAAUGGGACACCGGUAGUCGCGCGUCGCCGUUCAGAACCUAUCUGUACAAUCAUGUCGGGGAUCAGGCUCCGUUCUACCAGCCUACCGCGGAGGACGACGAGACGAAAUGGGAAGAGGCUCUACGCGAAAGACCCGGCUCCGGAUAUGUGCCCGUGUUGGUGAGAGGGUUUUGGGAGCUCGGCAAGCGAGCGCAGCGACAAAAGGAUUUCCUCACAAUGGCUCAGACCCGCCUCCAUGAGAUUAACAACUGUCUCACCGACCUGCUGUCUCGCCAUGACCUGAAGAUAUCCGUCAAGAUCGCCGACUGUCGUCGGAAACACCUAGUUCUAAGCAAGCGCUGUCUCGCUUUGGCGGCGAAGACUCAAGUGCUCAGGAACAGAGGCUACGCAAUGGACGAGGCAGAGGAAGAGCUUAAGAAGAAGCUCGCACAGCUGGAGCGGUCCGUCUUUAAUCCCUCGCUCAACGGGCGGGCUGAGGAAAUCUGGGCCCGCAUGUUGGCUAUCCGGGAACACUCGAAACGCUUGCAGGCGGAGAUGGAGAAGGCGGGCGCUUCAACGGCUGCUCAGGGUGAAGAAGAGUUGGACGAGAGUACCAUGAAGACUGCAAAGAAGAUCUUGGACGAUUAUCACGCACAAAUCACACAUCUGCAAAAGGAGUUGGAAUCGGUCAAAAAGGACUUUGAAGAGGCACAGAAGUCUCAGGGAACGGCGGAUCAUUGAGAUAGAUAGGUUAACGUGAUCAAGCGAGCAAUGUAAAAUUUGGCGCAUGGCGUUUCAUCCUCGAUUCUGGCAAUGGUUGUAUGUCAUGGAGUUACCGAUUUAUAUGGAGCUGAUAUCCUGCAUCGAUCUCAGUCGGCCCUAAUCUACAUGAUCCUAUCC